ACACCGGCACGUGAACCACGUCGCUAACGACAGUCCUCUGGUCUCUGCCAAACUGGACCACCCUCACCUACUCGCCAUUAAAACUCACAUGAACCUCUGCUUCUCCACUCCCCACCCAUAUUAUUACAACCCCACUACUUCCCCCCUCCAUUAAAGACCUUGCAGGUGAGCAGAUAGACCCUCAUAAAUGACACUCACUAAAACCCCACCUUAAUAAACGCAUAAUCCCAACUUCUCUGCAACCUCAAUUUACAUAGGAUUCGCGCUUUUACAGAGACCCCAUAACGCGGCCAUGGCGGGUGGAGCUAUCAAUGGCUUGGCGCCUUCUCCUCAAUCUCUACCUGCUUUUCCAUCGAUCCAAGAAGGGGAAGGGGAAGAAGAGGAGGAGGAAGAGGAAGUGGAAACAAAGCAAGAAGAGAAACAGAGCAAGACCACCAAAUUAAGCCCAGGGUCCGAGCCCCAAGCCCCAUCCCACGAGCCACGCUCAAGCCACGGUUCCAAGCACCAAGCCACGCCCCUCCACCACCGCCACAGCCGGAAAACCCAAAACCAGACCGGGAAGUCGGUCUCCUGUAGCACUUGUCGCCCCUCCAGCCGCGACAAGAUCUCGAUCGUCCCCCUCGAUGCGAGCCACCACUCGAGCCACACACCCAACUCGCCCCGUCACGCCAGCAACGCCAUCAAAGCCUUCUUUCUCUCUCUAACCAAGCGCAGCCCAAAAACGACUCAGUCCUCCAUAGAGGAGCAAUGGAGCCUCACCGUUUCCGACCUGACCCAGAAGCUACUGCAAGCCACGAGAAAGCGCGACGAAGCCAGUGCCGAGGCCACGAGGCUGAGGGCCUCAGUGCUCGACCUAGAGAAGAAGCUCGCUCGCCUUGAGAUCCAUUGCCUAGGCCUGAAAAACUCACUCGACGAGAGGCUGGGAGUGUCGAGCCCACACGGUCACUCGGCGUGGUGCGUCGGGCCGAGGGGCGCCGAUCGGGUGCGAGUGGCUGACCAGUUCGCUCAAGCCGUGGCCGACGCACGGGUCGCGGUUCGAGCUCUUGCACGGCAGGCAGGCGCGCGUGCCGCACGCCAGGUCCACCUCGAGGCCCUACUCUGCCGAGCCUUCUACGCAGAUUUCGAGAAUUUUGGCUCGGUAGAUGGCUUGAUCGACCCUCGAGCCAGGUGCGAGGCCAACUAUUCGGACCACGUCGCCAUGAAGGCCUUGAAUUGGGAGGAGGUUUUGAGCAAGGGGACACGCCAUUUCAGCGAGGGGUUCAGCCGGUUCUGCGACGCGAAGAUGGGCGCGGUGGUGAGUGCAUUGGGUUGGGGCCGAGCUGCGUGGCCGGAGCCAUUGCUUCAGGCCUUUUUCAUAGCCGCGCGCGGUGUGUGGGUGGUGAGGUUGCUGGCAGGGGCUGUGCACCCGAGGUUCGAGGUGUUUCGAGUCGGGGUCGGUGCGAAGUUCGAAGGGGCAUACAUGGAGGAUGUGGCUCGAAGGGUCGGGGGCCUGAAGGUGACGGUCAUGGUGGCACCGGGGUUCUAUGUGGAUGCGGGUGUUGUCAAGGCCAGGGUUCUUUGCACACACCAACAUGAACAAGGGCGUUAAAGCCGACGCGUCUCUUUACUCAUUCCCUCUUUGAUUGUUAUGCACAUAUUUUGAGUUGUUUGUGUAUAUAGGGUUGACAGACGUUGAAUACCUCUUUAAAGAGAUUUUAAUUUGUCUUUCCGCCCCACA